UUCCAGGGUCCAGUAUUAUCAUUUCUCUGUCCGUGCCCGGCAACUUCGCUCUGUGACAGACUCACCCUUCGUCGGAAACUCCCCGAUAAAUUCUCCCAAAUGGCAUCAAAGAGCAAGAUUCUGUUCAUUGGAGGGACAGGCUACAUCGGAAAAUUCAUCGUCGAGGCCAGCGCCAAGGCCGGUCACCCUAUCUUUGCUCUCGUCAGAGACUCCACCAUUUCUAAUCCUGACAAGGGCAAAAUAAUCGAGAGCUUCAAGAGUUCUGGCGUCCAGCUGCUCACUAGGUUCAUUCCUUCUGAAUUUGGAUCUGAUCCAGACAGAGUUCAGAUAUUAGACUUGCUCUAUGACAUCUAUUCGAGGAAAGCUGAAAUUAGGCGUCUUAUAGAAUCAGAAGGCAUACCCCAUGCCUGUGUAUCGUGCAAUUUCUUCAUGAGUUAUUUUCUUCCGUCACUGCUUCAACCAGGCCAAAAGGUUCCUCCUAGGGACAAAGUGACAAUUUUUGGAGAUGGAAGUACUAAAGGUGUCUUUGUGAAGGAAAGUGAUGUUGCCACCUUCACUAUCAAUACAGUGGAUGAUCCACGUACGCUUAAUAAAGUGCUGUAUCUGAGGCCUUCAGGAAAUGUUUACUCCAUGAAUGAGCUGUUCAAGAUUUGGGAGAGUAAGAUUGGGAAGAAGCUUGGGAAGUUUUAUGUGCCAGAAGAAAUUGUUCUUAGGAAAAUUAAAGAUACUCCAUACCCAGAAUGUUUGGAACUCAUUUUUAUAUAUUCUGCUUUCAUUAAGGGAGAUCACACGUACUUUGACAUUGAGUCAUCUGGUGGGGUCGAAGGAACACAGCUGCAUGCUCACGUUAAAUACACGACAAUCAGUGAUUACUUAGACACCCUUUUGUGAAAAAUUUAAGAUCACUGCAAUCAGUGAUUACUUUGACACCCUUUUGUGAGAAAUGUUUAUAAUUGCUCUGAUAAAUUAGUUUAUUUGCCAAUCCUCUUUCUUGUCAUUUCUUAUGACAGAAUUACACUAUUGAAUAUGAAGUCAAAUGGAAAAGUCUCUGGGAGUCUUUAUAUCUGCACAAA